AUGUUGGGGGGGAGGCCUUGGGGGGGGCCUGGGAGCUGCGAGCAGCAACCAAAGAAACUGCUGCAGCAGCAGCAGCAGCAGCAGCAGAGGGAGAAGAACCACCACCACCAGCAGCAGCAGCAGCAGCAGAGGGAGAAGAACAACCACCACCAGCAGCAGCAGCAGCAGCAGCAGCAGCAGCAGCAGCAGCAGGAGAAGAAGAAGAUAUUUUGGUGCCUCUGCGAUGCAAAAGCUUCAGCUGGGGAGACACCGCGCUGCGGGUCACCGCCUCCUCCUCGCACAGCUCCCCAGCUACCUGCGCCUUUUUAUCUAGACUGCAGCAGCCACAAAUAG